AUGCAAGGACUCAGAGCUGUAGCAACGGCAACUGCCCCAAAGUUGUCUCUCUUCAAACCAGCCGCACUUGUAGUACACGGCAACCAAUACCUAGACUCUCUAAGAACACAGAGCAAGAAUGAUUAUGCAGUACAAAACUUGGAAAGAUUAAAUGUAAAUGUAAAGAAUGAAGGAAAUACAGGAGCAAAGUCAAUCAAUGCAAAGGAAUGGCUCCAAGAUUUACACAAACAUAAUGGCACCAACUUUAUCUCACUCUCUAGAACCAGCUCACCAUUGGCCGAGCAAAAGAAAACAGAUAAAUCAUCACACGAAGACGACUUUGUAUUGGUAUCAAGUAAUAAGGACGAUUUACACAAGGCCUGGAAUAUUACCAACAAAAACCAAACAGAGUCUUCUGAACCAAUCGCCAUCUCUUCCAACACCACCGGUGUAAAGAAUCUAAACGAUUAUCUACUCUGGCGAAAGAUUGCUCUCGGUGAUGUCCGUGAACGCUUUAAAAACUCACUCGAGAGAAUGAGAGACUUUGCCAUUUUACAUCACAACGAAAUGGAUCAAGUUCCAAAAGCCCUUACCACUUCAUUCUUGAACCAAUUGGAAAUGGCCGAGAAAUUCAUUCAUAUGGAUGUCAUGUUGUCCACCAAGAAGGAAUUGGAUCAACUAUUCAGAUUCUUGAAUCUACCACCAGAGUAUGUUUUAACUUCUCAGGCUAGAGUAGCUCUCCAAAUUCUAAAUGCAACCACCUGCAUGAUGAACAACGAACCAAUCAAAAAGCCAUUUUCAAAGAAUGACAAAUUAAAUCAAGAAUUUUCUACAUUAUCAGAUGAAAUGAAUCAAUCCCUCAUUGAUUCUAUGGUAUGCUCUUGUAAUUAUCUUGAAAAGGAUUUUUAA